CAGUAGGUGACGCUCUCAGCCAACACGGAGCACAACCCUGCAAUGGGGAGGCACACGUUGACUUGAGUCUAACGACUCCCAUCUCGUCAUCAUUUGUAACCAUAGAGCAUGAAUUACCUCUUGAAGUCAUCAGUGAGAAUUUACGACUGGUCAACAAAAGCACGUGAUUCUCAAACGCACCCCCACCCCCAUAUUUGGCCGCAUACAUAGCAAAAACGAAGUACAGUGCAUUGCUAUAAUUCAUUAAUACAUCAUAAAUCGUGAAGCACAGCGUUAUAACGACCAAGAUCUACAAAUCAAGCCCUCUAAAACAACCUAAAUGAGCUCUUACUUUGUAAACUCGUUCUCAGGGCGCUACCCAAAUGGCCCCGACUAUCAGUUACUAAAUUAUGGAACUAGCAGCAGCGUUAUGAACGCCUCGUACAGGGACUCCGGCACCAUGCAUUCGGGCUCUUACGGCUACAACUACAAUGGGAUGGACCUGACCGUCAAUCGUUCAUCCAAUACUGGCCACUUUGGGGCUGUUGGGGAUAACUCCCGGGGUUUCCAGUCUCCCGCUCCGGAGACGCGGUUCAGGCAGCCGUCAAGCUGCUCGCUGGCGUCCCCGGAGCCGCUGCCGUGCUCCAACAGCGAGAGUCUGGGACCCAAAUGCUCGUCGCCCCCUUCCGACCAGAGCGCCUGCACGACGGGCAGUAACCUCACCAACACCACACAUUUCACUGAAAUAGACGAGGUGAGCGCUUCCUCCGAGACCGAGGAGGGCACCCAUAGAGCCAGCGCCAACCCCGCCGCCCGGACGCAGCAGAAGCAAGAGUCCACUGCAACCUCCACCACCACGGCAUCGAGCGAUGGCCAAGCACCACAGAUAUUCCCUUGGAUGCGGAAACUGCACAUUAGCCAUGAUAUGACUGGACCAGACGGCAAAAGGGCCCGAACAGCGUACACUCGCUAUCAGACGCUAGAGCUGGAAAAGGAGUUCCAUUUCAAUAGGUACCUUACCCGGAGGAGGAGAAUAGAGAUAGCCCACGCGCUGUGCCUCUCAGAACGGCAAAUAAAGAUCUGGUUCCAAAACCGAAGGAUGAAAUGGAAAAAGGACAAUAAACUGAAGAGCAUGAGUCUGGCUACUGCAGGUAACGCUUUCCAGCCAUAGACGUCACGCAAGUAAAUAAUACACUACGAGGGGUGAAAAGAAUACACACGUUCAAAAUAGUUUUUAAAAACACUAUAACUGAGUACUGUACAGCGCGGCAUCUUUUGGCAUGUUGUUGAUGUUUUAGGGCAAUUUAACUUAUACUGUGGUAC